AGAAUUUAGUCAAUUACCAUCUUAUGUGCUACAUUUUUUAAAAGUAAUGUAACAAUUGUGCAGUGAUUUGUAUAUAUUUUUGCUUAUUCAGCCAGACGGAGAUGAAUACGACAUGGAAGUUGACCUGCUGGAGACAGACUGUCACGUGUUGGACCCGCUGCCUCUUGCCAACUGCACAGUCAGGCCCAAAGUACAGACGGCGGUAGAAGGAGACUGUGAUGUGGUGCUGAAGAAGGUUGGCGGUGUUCUGAAGGUCAUUGCAUUCAAGUGCAAAUCAGAGGUAUCCACAGAGGAUUUGUGUUUGGGCUGCCCCAGCCUCCUUCCCCUCAAUAACACCGAUGCGCUGGAUUUUGUCCAUGCCUCUCUGACAACCUUCAACAACAUGACUGUGAACACGACACACGUUCUUCUCGAGGUUGGAAGGUUGUCAUCACAGGUUGUGUCUGGUGGGCCCAUCUUCAUAACAGAAUAUGUGGUUGUUGAGGGAAACUGCACCGAGGUUCCCUGCGUGCCUCUCAACGAUGCCAUGGCUGCUCGUGGGAUUUGUACAGCCAAAGGUACAAUCGCCCAGCACAGUGUGGACUGCAAGAUGUUCUCCACUCUGAUUCCCAUUGUAGAUGCCAACAGCACUGCAGCUGCAGCACAUGAACCACUACCGCCAGUGGUUCAUGUGCACACACACGGCCUGUCACACAAGCACGGCCACAGCCACCACAAACUGACGGCUCUCCACAACCCCCAUCAAAACGUCCUGUUAUCUGCAGAGUCAGCAGAAUCAGAUGAAGUUGUACCUGUCGUCCCUGCUGCUGCUGCUCCAGCUGCAGAUCCAGCUCCAGCUGCAGACCCUGCUCUCGCUGCAGAUCCUGCUCCAGCUGCAGAUCCAGCUCCAGCUGCAGAUUAUGACUCAGCUGGAGAAUCUUUAUGGAGUAAGGGCCAACCUCCUCACUUCAGGAAGAGAGAUGUAUCUGCUGCAGCUGCUGCUGUGGUUGAUGCUCCUGCUGUUCAAACAGGACCAGUUACUCCCGUGCCAGUCUGCCCAGGAAGAGUCAGAUUCUUCUAAGUGUCCAAGUCUCACAGACUCUAUACUUGCUUUCAUUUGUAGCAGAGCACCUUUGAUAUGUGAGCCAUGUCCAG